CCAUUAUAUAAAUUAUAAACAUUGCAUGACAGAUUAAACAUACUGUAUAGCACACACUAGCAUUACAACAGACAUUUGUCAUCAGAUUUUAGGCAGAUCUGAGAAGGGAGAGAAAGUCUGUGCUGCCUGGGAUCCCACUUCAUAUGCUCUAGUGUUCCCAGUUAAGUUUCUGUAUAUUGGCUGGAAAAAGAAAGAGGCAGGCUAUACUCCCCAAUACCAAAGCUGCUGAACUGGCACAUUUGUUUUUAUGCUUAAUUUUUCUACUCAGCCCGUAGCAAUGAACACAGAACAUUUUUAUAGUAAGAGUAAUUUAAAGUGGAUGUUCCCACUAUGGUACUACAAAUAAGAGGAAUGCAAAGGCGGCGAGGCAAUGGGUUGCAGGGCCGGGCAGGGCAGUCAUGGGUAAGCAGUUAGGGAGUAAGACUUGUAGCCCAAAGGUUGCCGGUUCGACUCCCGACCCGCCAGUUUGGUGGGGGGUGUACUCAACCAGUGCUCUCCCCCACCCUCCUCCAUGGCUGAGGUACCCUGAACAUGGUAGCGCCCCGCCGCACUGCGCCAUUGGGGGCUGCUCCCUUGCACAGGUGAGGCAUAAAUGCAAUUCUGUUGUGUGCAGUGUGUGCAGUGUUCACUUGUGUGCUGUGGAGUGCUGUGUCACAAUGACAAUGGGCGUUUGAAUUUUCCAGUUGGUCUUUCUAUAGCGGGAAUGUGACAUGAAAAGCAGCUGACUGUGUGGCAUAGCGUAGAGAAUGUUUUCUGUAGAAAAACUGCAACUAAGAGCUGUCACGCACAUGUGUAUGGAGUAUACUUUGUUUGUGGAAAACAAUGCAACACAGGACUUGUUGGCAUUUUUAGGUUAAGGUUGAGUUUGUUAGUUGUGUUUGGAGCAUCACUUAAAAUAGUCCCACUUUAUUACUCCUCAAUGGAAUAAAAUAAAAAACACUCUGGAAAUUUGCAGAACAUUUUGAACCACAGCUUCCGGAGCCUUUGUCUCCCAGCUUGUAGAUGGGUUUUGCACAACAAACGGCAAACGAUUCAGCAUUUUUUGCUAAUUGUGUUUUAAUGUCCAGUUGUCCUUUCCAAGCCAAAGCAAUAAGAACCUACAGACAGGCCAGUCUUUUUUAUUGGGUCAACAUGUGCUGUGUAAUGUUUGGUUUGUGAACCAAAGCUGUACAAAGUGAAACAGGGAACGUGUACUUUUUCUAUGCCUGUUGCAGAUAUUGAUUGUGUUGGGCUAGGCAAGGUUAACUUGUUCAUGUAGUCUUGCGAGACUAAAAAAUGGAUAGUUUUGCUUGUUUGAGCAUAUUUUAAUUGUGUUUGUGGCAUACAUCAUUUGCGUUUGGAGAUCAGUGGACACUGAAGAAUAACUUCCCUAUAGUGAUGCAACCGAGUAAACGCAGUUGACAUUUUGAGAGAUGCUUCUGUGAAGAUGACAGUUCACUUAUCGAUUAAGACUGGCAACGUCACUUUUGCCGCGUGUGACGUGCAGCUCUAAAUUCACCGCGAGCGGGGUCUUCAUCAGUGUAACUAUCCAUGGUGCUGAAACUCCAAGUGCGCCGCAACGCGAGCAGCGACCAGACCGGAUUCUUACCUUCAAACCAGAAGAAAAUGAACGCACGGAUUAUAUAAAAGCAAGUUCAUCAGUCUCCACGGAAUUUGUGGGCUUCUACCUUUCACCAGAAUGCAUCCCAACAGCUCGUCCAAGCUUCUUGAUUUAGACGACAGUUUUUUCCUGAUGAAUUCCACUGGCAAUGAGACGCACAGCGAGUCUCACGGUAGCGCAAUUCUCAUUUCCUUCAUCUACACAGUGGUGUGUCUAGUCGGACUAUGCGGAAACGCCAUGGUAAUUUAUGUGAUUUUUAGGUAUGCAAAAAUGAAAACAGCAACGAACAUAUACAUUUUGAACUUGGCCAUUGCAGACGAGUUACUCAUGUUGAGUGUGCCGUUUUUUGUUACAUCCUCUUUACUUCACCACUGGCCCUUUGGAUCUUUCUUGUGCCGCCUUGUCCUAAGUGUGGACGCUAUAAAUAUGUUUACCAGCAUUUAUUGCCUGACUGUGCUGAGCAUAGACCGAUACAUUGCCGUAGUGCAUCCCAUAAAAGCUGCGCGGUACCGGAGACCUACCAUUGCCAAGAUGGUUAACUUGGGAGUUUGGAUGUUCUCCAUUCUGGUUAUCUUACCCAUUAUUAUAUUUUCCACCACAGCCCCGAACUCGGACGGAUCAGUUGCUUGCAACAUGCAAAUGCCGGAGCCACAGAGGCAGUGGAUGGCUGUGUUUAUAGUGUAUGCUUUUCUAAUGGGCUUUCUGUUUCCAGUCAUUGCCAUAUGUCUGUGCUACAUCUUGAUCAUAGUAAAGCUACGAGUGGUUGCGCUUAAAGCUGGCUGGCAGCAGCGCAAAAAGUCUGAAAGAAAGAUAACUCUCAUGGUCAUGAUGGUAGUGACCGUGUUCAUCAUCUGCUGGAUGCCUUUCCAUGUUUUCCAACUCGUGAAUGUUUUCGUGGAACAAGACAAUGCCACCCUGAGCCAGCUGGCAGUGAUUUUAGGUUACGCCAACAGCUGCGCCAAUCCUAUACUGUACGGAUUCCUGUCGGACAAUUUCAAACGGUCGUUUCAAAGGAUACUGUGCCUGCGCUGGAUGGAUAACGCUACAGAGGAGCCUAUCGAUUACUAUGCAACCGCUUUGAAAAGUCGCGGAUACAGUGUAGAUGAAUUUCAAGCGGACAAUAUGGAAUCAGAUAGCGCCUAUAGAAAUGGCACCUGUACCUCGCGUACUACGACUUUGUGAACGUUUGCACA